AUGGUGUCCAACCUACGCGAUCACAUACUUGAUGUAAGCGAUACUUCGCUGUACCAGAAUGAUCUGGCAUACACUCUUGGUGAACGUCGUUCAGCGUUUCCGUGGGUAGCAGCGGCCUCUGCGUCUUCUCUUUCCGAACUUGUCCAAUUGAUCGAUGCUGGCAAGAUGAAGCCCAGACGUAGGAACGACGUUCCAAAACUCGGCUUUGUUUUCACCGGUCAAGGAGCGCAGUGGUGGGCAAUGGGUCGCGAACUUAUCUCCGCCUACCCAGUCUUCCGCCAGGCGUUGUGCGAAGCGGAUCGGUACCUACGCGAGUUCGGCGCAACCUACAGCCUCAUGGAAGAACUAUACCAAAGCGAGAAGACUACACGGGUCAACGAAGCAGCACUGGGCCAGCCGGUGUGUGUUGCUGUACAAAUCGCACUCGUUCGCCUCUUGGACUCCUGGGGUGUGAAGCCCACCGCCGUUACUAGUCACUCCAGUGGUGAGAUUGCCAGUGCGUACGCCGCAGGUGUACUCAGUUUUCGUAGUGCCAUGGGUGUUGUGUACGCCCGUGGUACCCUUGCCAGUGAAGUGGCAAAAUACUCGAACCUCGGCCCUGGCGGAAUGAUGGCUGUUGGUCUUGGUGUCGAUGACGCACAACAGUACGUCUCGCGUGUCGCUGCUGGCCGUGUCGUAGUCGCAUGCCGAAACAGUCCGUCGAGCGUAACCAUUUCGGGAGAUCUUCCUGGGAUUGAGGAGCUUGAGACGCUGUUGCAGGCAGACGGGAUAUUCGCACGAAAGCUCCAGGUCCCGGCCGCAUACCAUUCUCACCAUAUGGAACCACUUGCAGAGGCCUACGCAGAGUGGUUGAACGCGAACGUCACACCGGAGCCAGAAAUGAAAGACGUAAUCUACUCCUCGCCAACAACAGGUCAACGUAUGUCAGAUGUAAAGGAAAUCGGUGCUGCCAAUCAUUGGGUCAAGAGUCUUACACAGCCGGUGCUCUUCGUCGAAUCCUUCACGGAUAUGUGCUUUUCCGCACCAGGCCAGCCCAGCAGUGUGGACAUGGUCAUCGAACUGGGCGCUCACCCCGCUCUAUCUGGACCCAUCCAAGACAUAACCACGCUCGAUGUCUUCAGUGGAUCCUCAGUCGGCUAUGCUAGCUGCUUGGUUCGCAAGAAAAACGCCGUUCAAACAAUCCAUGCAUUGGCAUGUGAACUGAUACACAAAGGCUUUCCACUGAACAUGGCUGCGGUUAAUCUUACGGUCCAAGGACAAGUUUUGACCAACCUGCCCAAAUAUGCCUGGAAUCAUCAAAGCCGCCACUGGUACGAGCCACGCAUGAAUCGAGCGCAUCGCAUGCUAUCUGAGGGACCGCACGAUUUGCUCGGUUCCCUCAUGACUGGUACAAAUCGCGUCAACCCUACCUGGCGGCGAAUAAUCGCCCCAUCCUCAGUGCCUUGGAUCAGAGAUCACAAGCUCCAGGGCACGACUGUCUAUCCUGGAGCUGGCUUGAUCUGUAUGGCUCUCGAGGGCCUCAUACAAACCGAGAAGCACAACCAAGAUUCGAUAUCUGGAUACCGUUUGCGCGAUAUCGAUAUAAUUGCAGCAUUAGUCAUUCCGGACGGCGAGAAUGGUGUUGAGGUUCAACUGUCGCUUAAACCGUGUGAUGAUAAGGACAUCUACGCCACAACCUGGAGCGAAUUCCAGGUCUUCUCCGUCACACAAGAUGAUCAGUGGAAGGAACACUGCCGCGGUCUUAUCUGCAUUGAGCGCGGGAGCGCACCCGCCCCUGCAGGCCCUGUCGCUGUACGCAAGAUGACAGAGUAUCGCACAAGUGUUGGCCCAUCGGACGUUUACGAGUCUAUGCAUCGCGUGGGAAUUCAGCACGGUCCCAUCUUUCAGAAUCUCAAGACAGUGCGGGCUCGUUCUCAGGGCUCUUUUGCGGUGCUUGAAGUUGCGGAUACUGCUUCCGUCAUGCCAUAUCAGUUUGAGCAUUCGCACCUCAUCCACCCGACAACUCUCGAUACUGUCUUCCAGGCCGUCUACGCAGCAUUACCCGCUGCCGGAGCACAACUCGCGUCUGCACAGGUUCCGCGCUCGAUCAAGAACAUGUGGAUCUCGAACAGUAUCAAGCAAGGCUCUGGAACUUCUUUUAGUGCUCACUCGCAGGUCUGCGACAACAAUAAACAGAGCUUCAAGGCAGAUGUUACGGUUGUCGAUGGUGACGACGAACAGCCCGUCAUCACUAUUGAAGAGUUCUUCUUCCAAUCGAUUGGUAGCGUACUGGAUAGCGGUGAGCUGUGUGAGAACGACAAAUUUCUUACCUCAAAGUGGGUUCCGGACGUAUCGAUGAUGAAGCCAGCACAAAUCAAGCAGCAGUUAGCUUGCGAGGCUAGUUCAACUGAGGAGCAGGCACUGAUCGAUACGAAGUUAGUGUGCUCCUGGUUUCUCCAAGACGCUCUUGCGGCUAUCACUACCGUCGACGUCCAGAGUAUUCAAGGCCACUUCAAACGUUACUAUGCCUGGAUGAAAGCUCAGACCAUAAACCUCAAGACCGCCCCUGCCACUCAAGAAGAAAGAGCGACUCUCAUUGCAAAGGUUGCAGCAGGCAGUGCCAACGGGAAACUCAUGUGUAACGUGGGACCGCACUUGGUCGACAUUAUUUGUGGACGUGUCUCUCCCCUCGAAUUCAUGGAGGAAAAUCAAAUUCUCCACCGAUUCUAUCGUGAGUGUCUAAAGCUUGAUCGCAGCAGGAGUCACAUGGCAAAGCUGGUCCGUCUCCAUGCGCUCAAGAACCCUCGCGCUAAGAUCCUCGAGAUCGGCGCAGGUAGCGGUGGUACGACCCAUCAUAUUCUGGAAGCCCUGGGCCAUGAGGACCCUCUUUGCGCUUCUUACGACUAUACCGAUCUGUCCGAUGAAUCUUUUGAAGCUGCUCAAGACGAGUUUGUAGCGUGGAAGAGCCUUCUGUCGUUCCAGAAACUAGACAUUGAGCUGGAUCCUUCGGUGCAGGGCUUUGAUGCGGGAUCCUACGAUCUUGUCAUUGCCUCGCAGGUCUUGCACAGAACCAAGUCUAUGGAUGAGACGCUUGCAAACGCGCACAAGCUGUUGAAACCAGGUGGUAAGCUCGUCGUUCUAGAGUCAACCCAAGACCAGGCAGAUUUCCGGAUGACAUUUGGCUUGCUGCCGGACCAAUGGCUUGGCGAAGAAGAAUACCGAAUCUUAACCACAUCGCUAUCCGCCGACACUUGGAACGAAGUCCUCCAGAGCAACGACUUCAGCGGGGUAGACGUGGAAGUUCGUGAUUGCGAAAGCGAUGCUGUCUACUCCUACAGUGUUAUGACGGCUUCAGCUGCGAGCAAAAGCCCGUUGUAUCACCCAGAUGUUGUCAUCGCAAUUCCCACGAUCGCUCCGCCUCGAGAGUGGUUAGACAGCCUUGUUGAAGCUGUGACCACAACAAUCGGCAAAAAACCUUCCAUCCAGCCGUUUGAAAACCUUGAUAUUGAAGGCAAGGUGGUAAUUUUUCUUCCCGAGCUGUCUAAUAAGCUUCUUGUCAGCCCCACGGAUGACCAAUUCGCUUCAGUGCGAGAUGUUUGCACCAAAUCCAAAGGUCUGCUCUGGAUCACACGAGGGGGGUCAGUAGAAAGCUCUGAUCCGUUCUCAAGUUUGGCUUCCGGGUUUCUUCGUAUUCUCCGGUUGGAAUACGUUGGGAAACCUCUCGCAACUCUUGACCUCGACGGUGCCAAUCCCUGGUCGUCCAGCACAGUCUCAACAAUAAGCAAUGUUUUUGCAAGCGUCUUGGGCAAUCCUGGUGAGGCCGGACCUCGCGACUACGAGUUUGCGGAGCGCAACAGCACCAUUCAUGUCCUGCGUUACUUCAAGGACCAUGAACGAAACAAGACUUGGUUUCAAGACACUACAGAGUCCGAUACCGCUACACAGCAAAAGUUCUUCGACAGGCCAGUACAUCUGACAAUUGAAAGCCCUGGACAACUGGGCAGUAUUGUGUUUGCACCUAGUCCUGACCAAGCAAGGACAGAGAUCCCGGCGAACGAGCUGGAGAUUCGUCCUCACGCUUUUGGCAUCACUUCUCGGGACAUUAGCGUUGUGACCAACGCUAUUCAAGACAGAACAAUGGGGUUCGAAUGUGCAGGCACCAUUACAAAGGUCGGUUCCUUGGCUUUGCUCGAAGGUUACAAGGUCGGCGAUCGUGUUGCAGCCGUCACGACGGGCGGAUACGGCACCAUAGUUCGUGUACCCUGGACUAGCGCCGUGCACAUCCCAGCCGCUAUGGGAAUGGAGCUCGCUGCUGCAUUGCCUGUGCCCUAUACGACAGCAUGGAUCGCGCUCAUAGACACUGCCAACAUUGGAAAGGGGAACACCGUUUUGAUCCACGACGCUGGAUCAGCUGUUGGUCAGGCUGCAGUCGCCCUCGCCCAGCAUGUCGGUGCUGAGAUAUUUGCUACGGCGAGCAGUGCUGAACAUCGCAGCUUCCUGAGACGCGUCAUUGGACUCAAAGCCGACCACAUCUUCUCGAACACCGAUUCUGCCUUCGCCGCCACUGUUCAUCGAAAGACGCAAGGUCGCGGUGUAGAUGCGGUCCUCAAUACGCUAGAAGGACCCCUUCUCCAGGAAACACUCAACUGCGUUGCCCCUCUUGGUCACUUCAUCGAGCUCGGGAAAAGAGACCUUGAGCGAAACAGCCGUCUAGACAUGGGCGCGUUUGCGAGGGGGAUUACACUCUCAGCGAUUGACAUUGCCCUUCUCGCGGAACACAAGGGAGGCCAGGUUCAUCGAGCUUUGAUAUCGACCACAGAGCUUCUUAAAGCAAGAAAGAUACGCGCUGUGCCUAUCUCGGUACACGACAUAUCCGAGGUAAUCCAGGCCUUCCGAGACACGCAAUCGAGCGGAUCGCCAGGAACAGUGGUUUUAUCAGUGAAACCUGAUAGUUACGUGCCGGUAAGUAAUCCUCGUUUGAUCUUUGAAGGACAUCAUCUAACAGUACACAAGGUGAUUCGCCAAAUGCCCGCUGUUCAGUUGGACUCGAAUGCGUCCUUUGUUGUUGUUGGCGGGUUUGGAGGCAUCGGUCAGAGCAUCUGUCUCUGGCUUGCUGAACACGGCGCCAGGAAUCUAAUCGUUCUCUCCCGAAGUGCUAACGCAGCUGACAAGGCAGCACCUCUACUCAGCGACCUCCACGCCUUAGGAUGCCAAGUCAGAUCUGUCGCAUGUGACAUCACCAACGAAGACGACGUGAAACGUGCGAUCAAGAGUUGCAAAGAUAUGGCUCCCAUUCGUGGCGUGAUUCAGGGCGCCAUGGUCCUCCGCGAUUCCAUUCUCGAGAAGAUGUCGCUUGCCGAUUACACGGCGGGCCUACGUCCCAAAGUCCAAGGAACUUGGAAUCUCCACAAAGCUUUUGCGACCACUCCUCUUGACUUUUUCGUCAUCCUCUCUUCCAUCGCUGGCGUCAUUGGUAUUGCAUCUCAAUGCAACUACGGCGCAGGUGGUGCAUUCCAAGACGCGUUGGCAGCGCAUCGCACAAGUCAGGGCCUCCCAUGUGUCUCCAUUGACAUUGGAGCGGUGAAGAAUGUUGGCUACGUUGCCGAGCACGACGAGACGCACACCUAUCUCAAGAAGCAAGGUCAUAUGGUCCUUGCGGAGAGCGAUGUCCUGAAAUCCCUUGCAUGCGCCAUCACGUCACCAUUCGCAACGCAGCUCGUCUUCGGUAUCAACACAUCGCCCAGUAGCGCACUGUGGGACGAAGGGCCCGCUUCGCGAGACCUCCGCUUCUGGCCCGCCAAAUACCGGUCUACGGGCAACGAUGAUGCAAGUUCAGGCAUGGCUGACACGCUUGCUGGGCGCAUUGCAUGCGCAAAAUCGCUCGAAGAAGCCGCCGCAGCUGUGGGAGCUGAGAUCGUCGCCAAGAUCAUGGAUAUCUUCAUGAUUCCGGAAGCUGAAGUGUUUCCCAAUAUGCCUAUGGCUGAUUUUGGAGUCGAUUCGCUGACAGCCGUCGAGCUGAGAAACACGUUGGCGACCAAAGCUAGCGCUGAGGUAUCCAUUUUUGAUAUCAUGCAAAGCCCAAGUCUAAGCUCAUUAGCUUUGUCGAUUGCUAAAAAGAGUACUCAUCUGAACCCAACGCUCUUGUAA